AUGGCCGGUGGUCUGCCUUCGAGUCCUACUGCGAGUGACGACAGCGAGGGCUACGCCUUCGCCGACACGUCCGUCGGUCAGGAUGGGACUGUGGGCUUCAGCCCGUCGAAGUCCUUACAUCUGCCCGCUUUGAACCAACAUAAGAAAUUACAACGGCGCCAUCUCGUCCAUAGCGAAUCGUCUCACGCUAUCAAACAACGGUCAGGCUAUUAUCGGAGGAUGAACGCGACAGGCUUUAGUGCCGUCCCCGAGAAUGUCCAGUUCCUGGAGGCUAGCUCUCAUGUAAUGCUAGGUGGUUCCGUGUUAGAGGCACACACGAGCGAGGGUUCACAGGCCAUGGAGCCUGCGUACGGCGAAGACACUAUUCCAGAGGCAUACGCGGAAGUGGGUUCAGUGACGAACGGGCCGGUCCAAGAGGAUCACGCUGAGGGCCUCCAAGCCAUGGAGCCUGUACAUGUUCAACACCUUGUUGCGGACACGCUCGCGGACGUGGUCCCUGUGGCGAAUGGACCCGUUGAAGGAGACAACGCUGUUGAGGAGCCGCAAGCUGCAGCGCAUGUGCAUGCAACCGCUGCAUGGCCCCCAUCUUCGGAUCACCGCGCACCGCAGCGCGCGCAUCGUGCGAUUCCGUCCUCGCAAGAGAACAAACGCGCUCGGGAUGCUGGGAAGCGCGCUCUCAUUCUGGGCCGUUUACCUGUCGCUGUCCAACGAGCGUCAGCUGUAGCCGCAGAUUUCUCGCAAACGAGUCUCCCGCCGGCAAACCUGGGCUCUCCAGCGCCUUCCUCUCUCACGCAACGGCCUCGCCGGGGUAAUCACCCCACGUGGAAGGUCAGGGAGGGUCUGGACAACGUCGGUAGCAUUCGUGGAGGUUCCCCAGAGCUCGUGACGCCCUCGGGAAAUGUCGAUCCGCAAGCAUCGGAUGGUGGUCAGAACACCGCUAGCGAACAACACCCCUUCGAAUGGCGCGACCACAGGCUCAAUGUGGUGGGAGUUGAUGAACACCAACAUCGGGGCGUUUCUCUCGAGCAAGACUCUGCGCAAGAGUGGGUUUGCGGUGACCAGGACGGCCAGAAGUUGUCUGACCAGACGUUCCGCGAAGACGAUCAGGAGUUAGCGCAGGAAGAAGAGAUGGAAUGCCGCCAGGUCGAGGACCUUCUCGACGCGUCUGCGAGCGAGCACUCGUGCUGCGAGCCGACACCCGGGCGUAGUCAUGCGCAAGACACAGCGCGCGAGCAUGAUUGCUCUCACUGUCGCUACGAGCGUGAGCAGGAGUUGGACCGACGUCGCUACUAUCGCGAGCAGGAGCUCGAUCGGCGGGCCUACGAGCGCGAGCAGGAGCUGGACCGUCGCCGAUACGAAUACGAGCAGGAGCUAGACCGCCGCCGCUUCGAAGUCGAGCAGGAGUUGGGCCGCCGCUGCUAUGAAAGGGAACGGGAACGGGAACGCCAGGCUGUUGGGAACGAGUGGCAGCAGGAUCAAGAGCUAGCGCAGCGUCGUCAUCAACUCGAACUCGAUCAGGACCGCGAGCUGGAGCGUCGCUUCUUCGAACGCGAACGGGAACAGGAUCGCGAGCUGGAGCGCCGUCGCCGUGAAUAUGAGGCCGAAGAAGAUCGCGAGCGCGAGAGUCGUCGCUACGAGCGUGAAUUGGAGCAGGAGCGCGAGCUGGAGAUUGACCGCGAGCUUGAGCGUCAGCGCUACGCACGCACGGAGGCGCAGGAGCGCGAGCGCGAGCGUCGCCGCAACGACCGCAGACUCGAGCAGGAUCUUGAGCUGGAACGUCGUCGUCAGGAGUGCGAGUUGGAGCAGGAGCGAGAGCUUGCGCGUCGUCGUCAGGAGCGCGAGUUGGAGCAGGAGCGAGAGCUGGAGCGUCGCCGUCAGGAGCGUGAACUCGAGCAAGAUCAUGAGGUAGAACGUCGCCGUUACGAGCUUGAGCUGAGGCAGGACCGCGAUCUGAACUUACGUUGCUCUGAGCGUGAGCAGGAGAUGGACCAAGAGCUCGGCCGGCGUCGCUUCGAGGGGGAGCUGGCGCAGCAACGCCUGUUCAUGCAGCAGCGCACCCAGUCGACUGCCGGUAUCUAG